UCAAUGUCUUCUUCGACCAUAUUCUUAUAUGCGUAGCAAAAUGAUGCAUACAUACAUACUUAAUUUGAUCCUAGAUAUUAUGCUUAGCAUGAAAAUGAGUUGCGUUGGCGGAAGUAUUAUUGUUGUGAUUUCAUGAAUUGUUUGCUUUAUUCAUUUUUUGCAUAGUAGAGAAAAUUAUACAUUGUCUGAAAUUACUUAGUGAUGCAAUUGGAUUUUGUUAUCAAUGAACGUUCCAAUGAUUGCAAUAGUGCAAAUCGUACGUGUUUCAUGAAAGCACGUAAUACGCAUAUAUACAUAAUCGUAAAAAUACUAACCAAGCAUGAAUCAAUAUCUUGAGUCAUACAUAUUAAGGUUUAUGGUCAUUCAUUCAUGAAAAAUCGGAUAUCAAGACAAACAAACGAAAAAUUGUGCCCAGUCCAAGCGUUUGUCUGACGCAGAAACUGGUAAAUAUUUUUCCGUUAUGAUGGAAGAUACUCAUCAUUACUUUCACGUGCAUCAUAAUUCAACAUUUGGGAAAGGUUUGAUAAGAUCUAAUUAUUUUAAAAGUUAAAAUACAUUUGUCAUAUCCCGAAAAUUUAGAACGUCAAUACCCACUGGACUUUGGAAAUGAAGGAUUCAUGGUUUUUGGCUCUUCAUUGCUUUGGUUUAUGAUUCCUGGGUGUGGAUUAUUUUACAGUGGAAUGGCGAAAAGUACAAGUGCAUUGUCUAUGAUGACUCUAUCACUUUGGUCGAUCGCGAUAGCUUCCAUUCAAUGGUUCUUAUUUGGUUACUCACUUUCAUUUUCUUUGACAAGCCACAAUUCUUUCAUUGGGGAUUUCAACAAGGCAUUUUAUAUUGGAGUCCGGGAAGAGGCGUAUCCAACUGCAGUACGAAUAAGCGAAAUUUCCUUUUGCUUCUACCAAGGCGUUACUUCCACACUGCCGGCAGCACUAUUAUCUGGAGCCUUAGCCGAAAGGGCACGUAUCCUGCCUGCCCUUGUUUUCAUAUUCUUGUGGAACACCUUUGUAUACUGCCCCUGCGCUUUCUGGUCUCUCAACCCAAAUGGUUGGUCAUUCCAAACAGGAGUGCUAGACUUUGGGGGCGGUGCCCCAGUGCAUGUACCAGCUUCAGCAGCCGCAAUUGCUUACUGCUACCAUCUUGGUCCAAGAACUCAAGAACAAAAGGAAGCCAAACCACAUAAUAUGGCGAUUCUUGUUCUGGGCACGAUCUUUAUUUGGUUUGGGUCUUUUGGAUAUAAUUCGGGAUCAGCCUUCGGAGCGACACUUCAGGCUGUUUUUUCUUGUGUGGUCACCAAUCUGUCUGGGUCCAUUGGUUCCAUCACGUGGGCGUUUCAAGACUACCUCAGCAACGGAAAAUGUACCGCUUUUGGAUUUUGUGCGGGUGCCGUAAUCGGGCUCAUCGUGAUCACCCCUGCCUCUGGAUUCGUCCAUCCUGCUGCGGCCUUUCCAAUCGCUAUUAUAGGAACGGUCGUUUGUCGCUGGGGUCACUUGGCUAAGACGAAUUGGAAAUUCGAUGACACAUUAGAUGUAUUCGCAAUGCAUGGUCUCGCAGGAAUCGUUGGAAUUUUGCUAACAGGAGUGUUUGCCCACACGGCGUAUGGUGGAGAAGAAAUUGGUCUUGGAGGAAUGGUUGAAGGUCAUUAUAUGCAAAUUUUGUAUCAGCUUGCAGAUACUUGUGCUGGCUUCACUUGGAGCAUUUCAGUAUCAUUUUUCUUACUUUUUAUCAUGAAUAAAAUUCCAUUUCUUCGGCUGCGGAUGGAACCUGAGCAUGCUCGAGAAGGAAUGGAUCUCGAUCAAAUGGGAAUUGCAUGUUAUGAGCACAUUGAGGAAAUAAAGAUACAAGUUGAUACAGCUACGUGGAAAAUCGAUCCUACUGAUUUCGUAGACAAGAAGCAACAUAAACAAGACUUAAUCAUUCUGAAUCCUCAGACAAUUCAUCAACCAGUACAUCAGAUAACCAAUAAUCAUAACUACAAAGAAGCGCAGAUUUACACCGACCAAAUGAAUGAGGAGGAGAAGGAUUUCGUGCCACCAAACAAUUGGCGUAAUUAUUGGUGGUCAUGGAAGGCAUGACUGACGACCACCUUACAAUCCAGGAUAAUGAACGGGAUGUUACGUUGUUGUACGUAUGCGAUGCGAAUAUUGAAUAGUUGGGCUUCAUUGUCCAAGUUUUUAUGCUUCCA